UAAAGCUAACCCAAGCCAAGCUUCUUCGUCUUCCUCCCUCUCUCUCUCUCUCGGAAGCUAUAGCCAAUGGAGACAUGGGCUCCCCUUGCUUUCCCUUUCUCUCCAACUCACACCGGAGAUCUUAUCCGGUAAUCUGCGUACAUGCGUACAAAAAGAUCGUGAUGAUCAAGUGGUACAUGCAUAUGCCAUAAUGCCAAUGCCUACAAAUAUGUCCUUGUUGCUCAUGGUGUCGUUGUAAGAUUCUUGGUCCAUUGCAAGGCUUGCAACACCUGCCGCCGUAUCGACUCUCUGGGUAGCUUUUGGUAGCUUAGAUUGGUCACCACCAUGGGUUCAGAACCAGGCGUUCAAGCAGCCGGCGGUGGUGGUGGCGGCUCCGGGCGGCUCAAGCGGGCGCUGCUCAGGAACCUCAUCCUAGGGCUCAGGAAGGCCGGCGUCGCGUCCAGGGAGAUGGGCUUCCACGAGAGGAAGAGCGCCAUCAAGCGCGCCGCCGACGCUGCGCUCGCCUCCGCCAGGGGCGACGCGCCGUGCUGGAGCCGCUCCCUGGCGGCGGAGCUCGCGCGGCACCGUUCUUCGGCGAUCCGACCAGCUCCUUCCGCCGAGCCCUGCAAGGCGCUAGCGACGCCGCCACGGCCGUCGAGGAAGAUGGUCUGCAAGAAGAUCCUGAGGAGGAGCCUCCUCCGGCGGCCGAAGCCGGGGAACACCACGGCCGCAAACAGGGCGUACGGCGCCGGCGUCGUUCUCGCGAGGGCCAUGGUGAGGAAGAGGACCAACGUGUUGAAGGAGAUCGUGCCGGGAGGGAAAGCUCUUGACGUGUGCACGUUGCUGGGAGAAACCCUAGACUACGCCGUGUCCCUGAAAGCUCAAGUCGAUGUAAUGCAGCUUCUGGUGAGGACUCUCCAAGAACAAAAGAAACUCAAGUAACUGAAAAUGCUGUUGCAUGCAACAACAGUAUAGUGUACUACUGAAGCUGCAGCGAGGAAGCCCAGAUUUGAUCAUAGAUAAUGCUUGUAAGAUGCUUAUUUAGUUGUUCAUUGUUCAAGCUAGCUUCCCCCUCCUCUUCUCUUUCCAAACCGAUUCGAUCGUCCUUCAUUUUCACCGAGCAUGUGAUCGACCAUGCAUGAGUUAUAUGCUCAUGUUAAGGGUCGUAAUGUGUAAGUAUAGUGUCAUGUAUAUAUUUGUCAGCAGUGUCCCAUUUUCUUUUCUACAAACUGCAUGCAAAACGUGUACUAGUCUAGCUACAUAAGAGCCAUGUAUGUAAUGAUGUAGCAACGUAUGUUCAAUGAAGCAGUUUUUUUAUA